CAAUGUUUUCCCUUUAAAUAAAUAGUAUUUAAAAAACGAAAUUUAAUUGAGAUUUAGAUUUAAUCGACGAUUGAAUCGAUUGAAUGACACAUAUUUGACAUUUGGAUCAACUCUUAGACACGUGUCGACCCGUGAUAUGAAAGGAUAGUCGAUGAAUGGUAUACCAGUUGUUGAGUACGUUUGUCGACAUCUGAUCCCAAUUUAUUACAUCAUUAGAUCUACAGAUAAGAUAACAGUCAUUAAUACUCACCAUUACUCCAGAGGAAGAGAUUGUGAUCGUAUAUAUCGCAAGAGAUGGCAGUCAUUGAAGAUAUAACAGAUAACAGUGAAGACAAACAGCAAUUACUGGACAAGAAUAGCGCCGAUUCGGGCGCCCAGUCGUCGGCGCCGAAGACACGUCUGCCGUCUCAGCGAGACUUCUAUAACAUAAACAGUCAUUUCUAUGCCAUUAAUGAGCGACCGGUGGACGACAUAAGUGUGGAGUUCUUCUACAAACCGCAUACCAUCUCAUUGUUAACGGUAUCCAUAUUUCUGGUCUUUUACACGGCGUUCACCAGAGAUGACCGUCAGGUGGAGGACAACAUUUGGUCCGGACUUCUAUGCGUCGUCUUCUUCUUUCUAAUCAUUUCAAUGCUGGCCUUUCCUAACGGGCCCUUCACUCGACCCCAUCCGGCCAUUUGGCGACUCAUAUUCGGCUUAAGUGUCUUGUAUUUGAUGUCAUUGCUGUAUAUACUGUUCCAGAACUAUAAGACAGUCAAAGCAAUUAUGUAUUGGUUUUAUCCCGACUUAAAGUCCUUUUCAAUUGAUUCAGAAAAACAAUAUGCGGUGAACUGUUCGGACAUCUCUGUGGAGAGGGUCUGGCAAACGAUGGAUGCUUUCGCUUUGGGCCACUUCUUGGGCUGGACUAUGAAAGCAGUGCUCGUCCGACACUAUGGCAUCUGUUGGACCAUAUCGUUCACGUGGGAGAUCACCGAAAUGGCGUUCGCGCACCUCUUGCCUAACUUCGCCGAGUGCUGGUGGGACUCAAUUGUGCUCGACGUCAUCGUAUGCAAUGGAUUGGGAAUAACUGUUGGAAUGUGGAUCUGCCAUAAGCUGGAAAUGAGGACUUAUAAAUGGGAGAGCAUUAAGGAUAUUCAGUCGACAUCAUUGAAGAUAAGACGAGCACUGCUACAGUUCACGCCCGUCGAGUGGACUCAUGUGCAUUGGUUCGACCCGUCCCGCACUUAUGUCCGAUUCUUGGCGGUCACACAACUGGUCAUAUUCUGGCAGUUGACUGAAUUGAAUACAUUUUUUCUCAAACAUAUAUUUGAUAUCCCGCCCGACCAUCCCUUAUGUGUGGGUCGUAUAGGACUCGUAGGUCUAAUAGUGGCGCCAUCGGUGCGCCAGUACUACACGUACGUAACGGACACCCGAUGUAAACGCGUGGGCACACAGUGUUGGGUAUUCGGUGCCAUUAUGCUGACCGAAGCGCUCAUUUGUAUUAAGUUUGGGCUCAAUCUGUUCGCACAAACGCAGAUCCAGAAUAUCAUUGGAUGGCUUUUCAUUCAACUUGUGGUCAGUAUAGUGUGUAUCACAUUCUGCAUAAUGUGGGCCAACAAGACGUCUUCGGGCCAUUGGUUCGGGACGGCGGGUGCGGACAAGUCGUCCGUCACGGCCACCAAACUUAAGAAACAACACAAUCGAACGCUCAGUCUUCAGGACAACCAUACGCUUCGGAACCGAUACUCUGGUACCGAAAAUGCCAAUAAUUAAUGUAAUGUUUGUGAAAACAUUUUCAAACCAAAGCAUACAAUGACAUGAAAAACAAUUUAAUUGUUUAAACUUUUAAUAUAAUUAUUAAAUGUAAAAUAAUUGGUAGAAUCUUCUAAUUGUGAAAUACUCUAUUGUCUAAAUACACUCAGAUUUGAUAGUCUACCGCCCACUGCGAGGGCCCCCUCUUCCUCCUCUUCCCACUCCUAUUUGAAUUUGAAUUUGAAUUUGAAUUUAUUGU